AGAAAAUUGACAGUAGGUUGCAAUAACAGUCGAGAGUCUGGGGAACUGCCUCGUUCUGUAGUCAAGGAAACGAAUAAACAAGUGUUGUAAUCUGAGAAAAUGGAUUCAGGGGAGGCCGGAUUUGCAGACCUGUUUCUCGUCGAAAGGACGGUGAACAUCCUUCAAAGCGGCGAUAGGGCGGAGAAAGUCAGUACUCUGAAGAAGGUGAAGAAGUACCUGAAUGAAAAUGACGAGGAGAAGCUUUUGGAUCUAUACGAACACCUCAGCUCCACUUUGCUCAGGCUGUUACAAGACCCGAACGAAGCCGUGCGCGAGCACUCGCUUCAACUUCUCGAUCUGUUCCUAAUCGAAAAACUGACAAAAAAUAAGAUUCACUUGAAAAACCUCAUCCCUGUUCUGUAUUCCAGGAUGUGCAGUGACAAUAACACGGAACUGUCGGAAGAGUUAAAACUGCUGUAUUCUAAGUUUCUCACCUCUGUCGUAAAGAAGUAUGAAAACGAUUUAAUCCCUUAUUUGGAGGAGAUCGUCUCAAUUGUGAUCAAGCUUCUUCCUUAUCCCGCCCCAGAAGUCAAAAAGUCGGCUAGUAAGUUAUGCGUUACCCUUGUCACUGCACUUCCUGCCGAAACUUUCCAAUAUAGCAAAAAACUAGUUAAUCCACUGUUCACGAAUUUGAGCCAUCAACACUGGAGAGUCAGAGUUGCUACAAUUGAAACUCUAGAAAUCUUGAUGCUGAAAGGUGAUAAUAAAUGUGUGCCUGACAUAAUAAACCCAGUCACAAGGUGCCUGUUUGAUAAUAUUGAGCAUGUGAGAAUGGCAGUAACACGACUUGUUGGGCAUUGGAUGGUGGAUCUCUUUGAUAGGUAUUCCUUCUUUUCUCACUUCCUUCCUGUUAUACUAACAAGUUUGAGUGAUGAGAGCCAGGAGAUUAGAACCGAGGCAAAAAGUCUUUGGGAGAAAGCAGGUAAACAAUAUCUCCAAGAAAAUGAAAAAGACUACAAAGAUAGGAUUGAUUAUGAAAAUGAAUAUUUAGAACAUUAUCCUAAAGGAGUGAAACGACCGGGUCUUGGCUGCAGGAUCAUAGUCGAACAGGAGGGCAGUAAAUUUCUUCUGGCUUUAGUGCAUGAAUUGAGCGAUUGGAAUGAAAGAGUAAGGUUGAUGAGUUCAGUGCUUCUUUUCCAGUAUGCUAUUCAUGCAGAGACUUCCAUUACCCAAUCUCUGCAUAAAAUUCUUAAUGGAAUGUGCAAAGCCGCAAUGGAUUAUGAAACUCCGAAAGUUAUGGAGAAUGUGGUGCUUGCUGCUCAGUAUAUGGGUUACUUUGUGCCCCCAAAAGUGUACUGCUCUUUAAUCGUCUCACACUUGAAAGAAGCAAAUGCAGGAGAAUUGAAAAUUGUCACUGGGCUUGUUAAAGGGUCAAAAAGUGAAGAUUUGAGGCUCUACUUGCCCGAUGUCACUAGUCUAUUGAACAAUACAUCUUUUGAGGAAAAAGAACACCUUGCAAUAUUGGAUUUGAUAUCAGCUGUAUUCUCUACAUGUGCUGAUAGUUCAUUGGAUAUUGGGGAUAAAAUUUGGGCUGCAUUAAUCAGCAUAGCAGGCCUCACUGAUAAAUUGGAAAUUCGUAAAAAAUCAUUAGAACUUCUUGACAAGUUUGUUGAAUUUGGAGGAGGAGAUAGAAAAAAGGUGUUCAAUUCACAUUGUUCCACUCUUCUUCAAUCAUUACAAGAUACCCUCUGGACAGCUCAUUGUCAUCAGCAGUUUAUUUUGGCAAGCAUAAUUGAAAAUGGAGGAGAAAUCAUAGAACCCAAUCUGCAAUUGUUCAUAUCUAUACUUCAAGAAGCUAUGGCCUAUGAAAAUGACCCGGAAGUAAUUUUGAAAGUGACAAUGGCAAUCAACAACUUGCUUUCAAAUAAUGAAAAGACUUUACCAUCAGAACAGUCUGUUUUAUUCUUUAUUAAAACAUUACUAAAAGAUAUUAUUGUACCUCAUUUGAAAUGGCACCCUGGAAGAAGUGCUGAGGCUAUAAGAACUGUUGCUUGCACAUGCUUGUAUAUGUGUUUACUGAAGGUGAUAUCAAAAUGCAAUUCCAUUUCUGAAAUUAAUGACAUUAAGUCAUCUCUUAAACAACCCAAGGAGAUUUUAGACAAAGAAACAGAGAUGAUGUACAAAGAACUUAAGUUGCCCGAGGUCAAAGAAGUUGAUUAUGACACUUUGCUACCACUUGUUAUAUCGCUAGUUGAGGAUGCUUCUCCAAAAACACGCAUACUUUCUCUGAAUUGUAUCCAACUUCUUUCCAACACCAAUGAGGCACAUCAAACUGAUCAAUUUUAUAAUAUUAUCACAAAUACAAUCAAAAGAAUGGAAGACUCGGAUAAGUCUGUCAGAUUACUAGCUCUGCAAAGCAUACAGAAGCUUUAUGAAGACCAUAUUAAGAAAGAAGAACAAUGCAACUACAUAAACAAAGGGCUUCUAGAAUUUGUUUAUUCUACACUCUUAAUUCACUUGGAUGAUCAACAAGCUUCUUUCAGAGAAUCUGUGCUAGAGUGCCUGAAAAGUAUAGGAAAAAUUGAUGCUGUCCUACUUAGGAGAAAGUGGCAGUUGAAUAAAUUCAGAAACAAAGAUAUCUGUGAAAAAUUGAUUGAACACAUAGAAAAUUAUCUUGUUGAAAGUGUAAACAAAUGACUUACUGAAGUAUAAAACAAUCUUUUUAUUUUUA